GAGGACUGUAGGAGGUACAUAGAGAGACAGAAUGAGCCCCCAGUCCAGGUUCCUGAGGUGGACAGCUGUGUUCCCAGAACCCCGGAGAGACAAGGCAUCACCCUGGAGGAUGACCCAGAAGGGGGUAUACCGGAGCUGUUUGAUGCCUUCAUCUGCUACUGUCAGAGUGACUUUGACUUUGUCCAUGAGAUGAUCCAGCAGUUGGAGCAGACGGACCACAAGUUGAAGCUGUGUGUGUUUGACCGGGACGUCCUGCCUGGAUCAUGUGUCUGGACCAUCACCAGCGAACUCAUCGAGAAGAGGUGUAAAAGGAUGGUGGUGGUGAUAUCUGAUGAGUACCUGGACAGUGAUGCCUGUGACUUCCAGACAAAGUUUGCCCUCAGUCUCUGUCCUG